UUGUUCUCUUGGUUGUUCUACGGGACUUGGGACCCGAGUAUCGCUUCUGAUCUUGCGACUGUCGCAGUCUCCGCCGCGAAUCGAGCUCCUGCAAUCGUCGACUACACCGGCUAGUUCUAUGUCAGAGUUCUUAUCAUGAAGAAAGGUUUGAUGCGAUGGGAUGAUGAUGAUGAUGACUCAUCCGAGGAAUCAUCAUCGUCUUCUGCUUCUGACUCAAAUGUGGAUAAUAGUACAGAGACUGUGAAGAAGAAGAAGAGAAAGAGCAAGAAGCCAAUAGCGAGGUUUGCGAAGAAAGAUAAGAAAGCUUUUGACUAUGAAUCUCUGCAGCAGCAUGGUUACAAAGCUGUUGGUCUUCCUGAUAUUUCUGCUCCCAUGGAGAAACAGGAUUGGUCAUGGGCUACGGGAAAGGAUACAAAAAGAGUAGAAGAAGUGAAAGAGAGUUAUAGAGAACGAGAAGCUACAAGAGCUGCGGUUACAGGUGGUGAGACGAUUGAGAAUGCGCAGUUGCGGACUGAUAGGAAGAAUCUCUCUUUUUCACAGAAGGAGAAGAAGAAGAGAGAUUUGGGACAAGCCAGUAGAGGCAAGAAUUACGUUGAAGAAGAGAAGAGACAGUUGAGAGAGAGUGGUGUUUACUCUGGUUUCGAUUCUUAAAAAUCUCAACUUUGAGGUAAAUCUUUGUAUUUUAUGGUAGUUUGAUAUGAAACUAAAGCUUGAUUUCUCUUGAAGCCACAAAUUUGUAUGGAGAAUAAUCAGUUACUUAGCAUUGUUUACUAUGGUUCUGAUUCCUGAAGAUCUCAGCUUUGAAGUGAUCUUAGUAUUUGAUAUGAAUGCGAAGAAGUAGGAUCUUGAUUUUA